CCAAUUCGCCAGGUGGCGCUCUGAUGACAUCAUCACCGACUGUCGACCAAUCAUCGGUGACUGGCAGUUUGAAGAAGAAGCGGGUCCAUCAGCGGAUACAUUCGGGAUAAUAAUUAACGACAUACAAAAAUAGACUAUAGCUACCAAUCAUGGAAACGGGCAGAAACAUCUGACUUUAUGUAUUUUCUAUGAGUUUCUCCGAUCACUGUUGAUCAAUUUUAUCUGGGCCUUGAUAGAAUAAGCACAGUUUACAAAAGGUCGAGCUAUUUGGCUAUAGUUAACGGUCGGUCGGCAACGACUAGUGCAUUUGAACUCCUUUGCCCGUUAAUAUCACUUUAAGUUUCGUUAAUAUCUAUAAUCGUAAACAUGAAUCCAACACUGCCGGUUUUUAUGAAAACAUACGGUGGGGAGAGGCGAAUGGUGCCCGCCUGGUUCUUACCGGAUAACCGAAAGAGAGACUUCGACAGCACACGCUCAACAGACGGGGACAGCUUCGUCGCUGAACCCUCAAAACCUCCGAGGAACAGAGAGAAGAAGACUAGUGUUGCUGCUCGUAGAGAGCGGAUUCCUGCAAAAAAAAAACAAAAAAAAAAUCUGACUGAGAGGAGCUUUAAGGAGGAGAAUAUCCCCUGUCCUCAGCGUUCUCUGAAGAGCAAGACAACCAGUGGUAGAGCAGUCCGUUCUGCCAAGACAAAAGCCCUGUUACGUCUGGUAGACACCAGCAAUGAUGAAGAAGAGAACAUCAGCACACCCUCUUCUCUGUGUCCUCGGCCCGCUCAACAGAUCAAGAAAACCAGUCUAGUGACUAUAAACAGUAGGAAGUUUACUACAAACACAUCCAACAACCCCCACCAGCCCGCCAACAAGGACGAUCCCUCCCCUCUUCCCCUCUUCCCCUCUUCCCCUCCUCCGUCUGCCUGCGAGGUUUCAAUGAACAGGAAGAGCACUUCAUGGUUUCAGGGCACGUCAGGGUCAUGA